AUGGAGGUUGCUGCUCCAGGGGUCCCUACAAACGGCCUCGCCGCAGCAACAACACCAGUGGCAGUAGCAGAUCCAAAUGUGGUCGUACGGUAUCUCACAGAUGUCCUCCAGGUAACUCUGGGGGCCAGCAAGAGAGAUCUUGAGGCCCCGGGCAGUCUACUCUCGAAAGCGAAGUAUUCAGAGACUGUGCAGAAAUGUACGCGAUUCGCUUCAGAGUCGCAGGUGGCGCUGUAUGUUCAGCAAGAUAUCUUUAGUGCGGAGGAACCUAAUGGAACGGAGAAUGAUGACGCGGCAGAAACUCGGUAUACAUACACUUUGGCCGCGGAGGUAUCCUUUCUCUCGACUACCGUCGCUUCUGUAGCUUUCAUCAAACGUCCAGGUCCGAUCGAUCCCAGCCAACCCCUUGCUACUCAAAUCCAGGUUACAAACUUUCCGGGUCUGUCAACCCUGAGCAAUGCACAAGCCCAACAGGGUGCUUCGAUUUCUGCAUUUGAAAUUCUACAUUCGCUCGUGCACCAUACCCUCGGUCCUUAUUUCGAAGCCUAUACACGAAGUCAAGAAGCUGCAAACGGCAUCAAGCAGAGGACAGAGACGGAAGCAAAGACUGGUGUUCCCGGAGCCAAGAAGCGCAUUGCAGAAUUGGACCUUGCGUUUUUGCAUCUUCAGCAGAAUGUGGAGAUCCCGACGUUGAACCUACCUCUUCACGAAAUCGUUCAAGCUGCCCUGGAUGAGGCUGAAGCGCACGGCGUAAAACCAUCAGUUGAUCUGAUCCCACCCGCCGCCCUUGAGAAUAGUACCGUUUUGAACAGCAUUCAGAACAAUGUCAAUGGUUGGAUUAAGUCCAUUCAGACCAUUACAAAGAUGUCUCGAGACGCGGAUAGUGGUUCCGCCAACCAAGAAAUCAACUUCUGGCUAUCCAUGGAAACCGCCUUGGAAGGAAUCGAGAAACAAUUACGCGGAGAUGGAGUGCAACUUACCAUGGAAAUUCUCCGUCAUGCGAAGCGUUAUCAGGCGACUUUAAGUUUUGUGGCAGAUACUGGUCUCCGUGAAGCGAUGGACACGGUCCAGAAAUACAACCAGUUGAUGCGUGAUUUUCCCCUCGACGAACUGUUAUCCGCGACAACACUGCAGAAAGUGCAGGAAUCACUUGGCUUGAUUUUCAAUCAUUUGAAUAGGAAGCUUAAAAUAUCGCCCUACCCGAUCAAGAGAGCAUUGGCAUUAGUAGAAGCUAUUUCAGGCGACUUGGAUUCCCAGAUACAUGCUCUACUGCAUGGACGAACAAUCAUGCAUCUUGACUACCGAGAGUUCCGCUCACUGAUGAAGACUUGCAGCGCCAUAUGGCGUACCUGGGAUGAGAACGUUAAGGAGUUCACCAAUGUUGGGCGUGAAGCUUCUCGCCGACGAAAUGAGAAGUUCAUCCCGAUUAAGAUUGUCCCCCGCCACAUGAAGACGCAAGAGCGCUUGAAAUAUAUCAAUACUUUCCGUGUAAACCAUGAACAGCUGCAACGGACAAUCGUCAAUGUGCUUGGUCCCAAAUCUGCGGUUAAUGCAAAUGGUACGGAUGGUGCGAUUAUUGUAGAAGAGAUUGGUGACGUCGAUGCUGUGGAGGAGGUCGCUCAAGCAUACGCUGCUUUGAAAGAUGUGGAUGUCCUCGAUGUCUCCGAAGCAGGCACACAGCAGUGGAUUCAAGCUGAAAUCACGUACAACGAACGGACGUCGCGUGUUGAGAAUUCUAUUAUUGCUCGCCUACGAGACCGUCUCGCAACUGCGAAGAAUGCCAAUGAAAUGUUCCGCGUAUUUUCGAAAUUCAACGCCCUCCUUGUGCGACCCAAGAUUCGUGGUGCUAUUGGCGAAUACCAAACCACGCUCAUUGAUAACGUAAAACGGGACAUCAAUGCUUUACAUGAACGUUUCAAGCAACAGUAUGGCCAUUCGGAAGCGCACGCCAUGGCUCAGUUGCGUGACCUAGCGCCUGUUUCUGGCGCCAUCAUCUGGGCUCGGCAGAUUGAACGUCAGCUCGACGGCUACAUGCGAAAAGUCGAAGACGUGCUUGGUGAGGACUGGCAUCUGCAUUCCGAGGGUCAGAAACUUCAAGCCGAGAGCAACUUGUUCCGGAAGAAACUCGACACAAAACCAGUUUUUGAUUCUUGGCUUCAGGACGUCCAGAAACGACACAUUACCAUUUCUGGUCGCUUGUUCAACAUCAUCCGAAAUAGGGCUGCUGGCAACUCCUUGGAACUGACAGUCAAUUUUGAUGCCCAGAUCAUUGCCCUUUUCAAGGAAGUGAGGAUGCUGAUGUACCUCCAUUUUCAAGUUCCCCAUGCAGUCAGCAGCAUUUCCAAGGAAGCCAAGCGUGUUUACCCCUAUGCUAUCAGUCUCAUGGAAACAGUUCGUACACUGUUGCAGACGACCCGGACCAUCGCUUCAAUGACUGAGGUCGCAAUCUUGCUGAGCGGCUACCAGAAUGAUGCGCAGGCUAUGAUCACAAAAGGCAUUCCUCUACGUUGGGAGUCCUUUGUUCACUCAUACGAGCUUCAUGUGAAACAGUCGACAUUAUCCAAUGGUACUCUCGAUCCCACCAUGACUGGAAGGGGAGAGAGCAAGCACGUCCAAUUUGUUCGCGAAUUUGCCGUAUCAGCCUCGGUUCUACAAUCGAAAACCGAUACUCUGGCUUCAAUCAACGAGAGCAUACAAAAGACCAUACUGGAGCUCAAGACUUGUCCAUACGAUGCCGCAGUUUUCCGUCAGCGAUUGGACUCAAUUCAGAUAUCCGUUGAUAAGUUGAACCUGGAGAAUUACGUCAAUCUUGGGCAUUGGGUAUCAAAUCUGAACUUGAAGAUUGAAUCUAUCCUGCGCGAACGGUUGCACCGAGCAAUACGAACCUGGAUUGUGUCGUUCAAGGAAUCAAAAGACGAACAGUAUACCAAACGACUUUCGCUCCAACCAGCCCAUGAGAAGUCAGCAAAUGAUACACCUGAAGCCGAAAUUUACCACAUUGAAUUCCCUGAACUUGUUCACGAGGUUUCAAUGAGGAAUCAAGUCUUGCACCUCGACCCUCCUCUUCAAUAUGCCCGAGCUAGCUGGCUUUCUCAUUUCGGCCAGUGGCUAGGUGUUAUUUGCAACCUGGAAAAGAUCAAGUCAUCCAGGUAUCAAAUUUCCAUUGACGUGGAGAAAACACAGUUAUCUGAAACUACGUUUGUGAACCUUCCCCAGCACUGCAUUGAGGAGUUGGCCGAAGUCUAUGGGGCUGUUGAAUCUCGUCUUUCUGAAAUUUCGGACUAUGUGGACAAGUGGCUUCAGUUCCAAUCUCUGUGGGACUUACAAGCUGAGCAGGUGUAUGACAUUUUGGGCGAUGAUUUGUCUCAGUGGCUUCAGCUACUUCAAGAGAUCCGCAAAAGCCGUGCUACUUUUGACACCUCUGAAGUCAGCCGAUCAUUUGGUAACAUCAUAAUCGACUACGAACAAGUCCAGACCAGAGUCAAUGCCAAAUACGAUCAGUGGCAGCACGAAAUACUGCAGAAAUUUGGUUCUAAGCUUGGUGGCAACAUGCGAGAGGUGCACUCCGAAAUUGCUACCGCACGCCGAGAUCUCGAAGGUCAGACUCUCGAAGCUUCUUCAACUGCACAUGCUGUGUCCUUCAUCACCAUUGUUCAGCAAUGCAAACGCAAGGCCAGGGUAUGGGAACCACAAGUGGAUCUGUUUAGACAAGGCCAGACCACUUUAGCACGCCAACGAUAUCAGUUUCCCACCGAUUGGCUGCAUGUAGAGAAUGUCGAUGGCGAGUGGGCUGCUCUCAAUGAGCUUCUUAAUAGAAAGAGCAAGAUUGUGCACGAUCAGACUGAAGCUUUGCGUGCUAAGAUUACAGCAGAAGAUAAGGUCAUUGGCGACAAGAUCAAAGAGAUUAUCGUGCAAUGGAAUGAUGAAAAGCCCGUAUCUGGUACCAUUCCUCCAGAGGAAGCUUCUCGUACCCUCAGCUCCUUCCAGUCUCGCCUGGAAGGCCUUCAGUCAGAAUUUGAGAUGGUUUCGAAAGCCAAAGAAGCAUUGGAUCUACCAGCUAGUGCCGAAUCCUCUUUACCUGCAAUUUUGGAAGAGGUCCAAGAUUUCAUGUCGGUUUGGGCUGCUUUGUCGACCAUUUGGAAGAGUCUGAACGAUCUCCGAGAUAUGCUUUGGACUAGCGUCCAAACCAGGAAGCUUCGUGGAUCGAUCGACAACCUCAUCAAGAUGACAAAGGAAAUGCCAAGCCGCAUGCGCCAAUAUGCUGCUUUCGAGCAUAUUCAGAAUGUUUUGCGCCAACAUCUGAAGAUCAACCCGUUGUUGUCUGACCUCAAAUCUGAAGCGAUCAAGGAGAGACAUUGGCAGAAGAUUUUCAAGGCCUUGAAGCCUGGUCAACGCUUUUCACAAGUCACCCUGACUCUAGGAGACGUUUGGGAUUUGAAACCGGCAGCUAGUGAGACUGUGAUACGGGAUAUCAUCACUCAGGCUCAAGGUGAAAUGGCCCUAGAAGAAUUCUUGAAAAUGGUUCGCGAAACUUGGCAGAAUUAUUCUCUCGAUCUUGUCAACUACCAAAACAAGUGUCGGUUAAUUCGUGGUUUCGAUGACCUCUUUGCAAAGUGCAGUGAAAAUCUCAACUCUCUGCAAGCAAUGAGGCACUCUCCUUAUUUCAAAGAAUUCGAGGAAGAGGCCUCGACGUGGGAAGACAAAUUGAACAGGGUCCAUGUUUUGUUUGACGUCUGGAUUGAUGUUCAAAGACAGUGGGUCUACCUCGAAGGUGUUUUUACAGGAAAUGCGGACAUUAAACAUCUCCUUCCCCUGGAAUCAGCGCGUUUCCAGAAUAUCAACUCCGAAUUCUUCGCCGUUAUGAAGAAGGUCUACAAAUCGCCAUUCGUUCUCGAUGUUCUUGCGAUCAACGGUGUUCAAAAAUCCCUGGAGAGACUUGCAGAGCUUCUCAACAAGAUUCAAAAAGCUCUUGGUGAAUACCUUGAACGUGAGCGUGUAUCAUUCCCUCGCUUCUACUUCGUUGGUGACGAAGAUCUUCUCGAAAUCAUUGGUAAUAGCAAUGAUACGCUACGGGUUGCCAAGCAUUUCAAGAAGAUGUUUGCCGGUCUUUCUGGCCUUUUGAUGGAUGAUGACAACAAUAUCGUUGGCUUCACAUCUAAGGAAGGUGAAGAGGUCAGACUCAAGCGCGAGGUCAACCUUAUCAAGACGCCACGCAUCAAUGACUGGCUUUCGGCCUUGGACAAUAAUAUGAAACUGACAUUGGCUGAGUUACUCGCCGAGGCAGUCGAACAGUUUGAGACUAUUUACCACACAAGCGAAGUUGACCAAACGGCUUUCAAUGACUACCUCGCAAACUAUCCCGCCCAGAUUGUUGUACUUGCCAGCCAGGUUGUGUGGACGAAUGCAGUCCAGAGGAGCUUGGAGAACGGUGGUGGUGAUCUCUCCAGUCUUUUCGAUGCUGAAGUGCGCAUUCUAGAGUUACUUGCUGCUACCGUCCUUGGGGAACUUGAUGGUAUCACGAGAAAGAAAUGCGAACAUAUGAUCACCGAGUUUGUGCAUCAACGUGAUGUUAUUGCCAAGCUCAUGAAGUUCAAUGCCUCGACACCUACCCACUACCUUUGGCUUCUACAGAUGCGCUACGUGUACAAGAACGAAGGAGAUUUUCUUCAGCGCCUCUAUGUGCACAUGGCCAACGCUAAGCUGGACUACGGUUUCGAAUAUUUGGGUGUUCCCGAGCGACUUGUCCGCACUCCAUUGACAGAUCGCUGUUUCCUUACCCUGACGCAAGCUCUUUGCCAAAGGCUGGGAGGUUCUCCUUAUGGACCCGCUGGUACGGGUAAGACGGAGUCUGUCAAAGCUCUUGGUCUACAGCUUGGUAGAUUUACCUUGGUCUUCUGUUGUGACGAUACCUUUGACUUCCAGGCGAUGGGUCGUAUCUUUUUGGGUAUCUGUCAAGUUGGUGCCUGGGGUUGUUUCGAUGAGUUCAACCGUCUGGAGGAGCGUAUUCUUUCUGCCGUUUCUCAGCAAAUCCAAAAUAUUCAAAUCGGAUUGCGCAAGGGUACCGAUGAUGACAAGGCCCAAAUCGAACUUAUUGGCAGGCGUCUGCGUGUUAACCAGAAUACUGGUAUCUUCAUUACGAUGAAUCCCGGAUAUGCUGGUCGUUCUAACCUUCCUGACAAUUUGAAGAAGCUCUUUAGAAGUGUGGCAAUGUCAAAACCAGACAAGGAACUCAUUGCUGAAGUGAUGCUCUUCUCUCAAGGUUUCAAGCAAGCCAAACCUUUGUCUAAACAAACCGUUCCUUUCUUCGAUCAUUGUGCAAGCAGACUUAGUAAACAAGCUCACUAUGACUUCGGUCUUCGAGCUUUGAAGAGUGUUUUGGUUAGUUCUGGAGGCUUAAAACGUGCACGUCUGGCCAACUCGGAGGGAGACCUGGGCCCAGAUGAUGUCAUUGAGCCUCAGAUCAUCGUGCAAAGUCUUCGGGAAACCAUUGCUCCCAAAUUGAUUCGGGAAGACGUGGAGAUUAUGCUAGAUAUCCAGAUGGAAGAUUUCCCCGGUGUUGAAUAUGUGCCGGCCAACUACGAACAACUCACCCAAGCCAUCCGCGAUAUUGCCAAAGAAAAUCACUUCGUUGCUACCGAUACAUGGAUCACCAAGACACUACAACUUUAUCAGAUCCAGACUAUCCAUCACGGUGUGAUGAUGGUUGGACGAUCUGGUUCUGGUAAAUCUGCCUCGUGGAAAGUCUUGCUUCAAGCCUUGCAACGCGUGGAAGGCGUUGAAGGUGUUUGCCACGUCAUUGAUUCCAAAGUCAUGUCGAAAGAAGCUCUUUAUGGUAACCUCGAUAGCACGACCCGAGAGUGGACGGAUGGUUUGUUCACUGGCAUACUGAGAAAGGUUGUGGACAAUCUGCGUGGUGAAGACUCGAAACGACACUGGAUUGUGUUUGACGGCGAUGUCGACCCCGAGUGGGUUGAGAACUUGAACAGUGUGUUGGACGACAACAAACUUUUGACAUUGCCCAACGGUGAACGUCUCAACUUGCCACCAAAUGUUCGUAUCAUGUUCGAAGUUGAAACUCUGAAGUAUGCUACUUUGGCUACUGUUAGUCGAUGUGGUAUGGUCUGGUUCAGCGACGAUACUGUCACGCCAGAAAUGAUGAUCACGAACUAUAUUGAGUCACUGAAAACCAAGAUCUUCGAAGACUUGGAUGACGACUCUGUUCCAGCAGGUCAAGCAUCCGCUAAAACUCAGGCUGUUCAGGAUAUGGUUUCGGAUUUCCUCAAACAGUUCAUGCAAAGCGAUGAUCUUAUCUACAAGGCCCUCGAAGAGGCUCGCCAAUACAACCACAUCAUGGAGUACACGACUAUCCGUGCAUUGAAUACCUUGUUCAGUCUCCUCAACAAAGCGUGCCGUAAUGUGCUCGAGUACAAUAUUCAGCACAUUGAUUUCCCUCUGGAUCCUGAGCAAGUUGAAUCAUACAUCUCCAAGAAGUUGCUCCUUGCCCUUGUUUGGUCACUGACUGGCGACUGUCCUCUUAACGACCGCAAGCGCUUCGGAGAGUACCUGGCCGCUUCUACAACAAUCGACGCUCCUUUGCUUGGCGAUUCGGCUUCUCUCAUCGACUUUGAUGUGUCGUUGCCAAAGGUGGAAUGGAUCACUUGGCAAUCACAGGUACCUUCAGUCGAGAUCAACACCCAUUCCAUCACCCAGACGGAUGUCAUUAUUCCAACAUUGGACACUGUGCGUCAUGAAGAUGUACUAUACUCAUGGCUCGCUGAGCACAAGCCGCUACUCCUCUGUGGUCCUCCCGGUUCUGGUAAAACAAUGACAUUGUUCUCUGCCUUGCGAAAGCUACCAAAUAUGGAAGUUGUUGGUCUCAACUUUUCUAGCGCCACCACUCCGGACCUUUUGAUCAAGACUUUCGAGCAGUACUGCGAGUACAAGAAGACAUUGAAUGGCGUGGUCAUGUCUCCAAACCAAAUUGGACGUUGGCUCGUCAUUUUCUGUGAUGAAAUCAAUUUGCCUGCUCCUGAUCGUUACGGCACACAGCGUGCGAUCUCAUUCUUGCGUCAACUAGUGGAACAGAACGGUUUCUGGCGCACUUCUGAUAAGACAUGGGUCACUUUGGACCGUAUCCAAUUUGUUGGUGCUUGUAACCCUCCAACUGAUGCUGGACGUACCCCAAUGGGAGAACGUUUCUUGCGCCAUGCUCCAUUGAUGAUGGUUGACUACCCUGGUGAGCUCUCAUUGACUCAGAUCUAUGGUACUUUCAACUCGGCAAUCUUGAAAAUUAUUCCCACUUUGCGUGGUUACUCGGAGGCUCUUACAAAAGCAAUGGUUCAAUUCUAUUUGGAGUCACAAGCACGAUUUACACCAAAGAUUCAACCACAUUACGUUUAUUCCCCUCGUGAACUUACAAGAUGGGUGCGUGGUGUCUACGAGGCUAUCAAGCCAUUGGAGAAUCUUUCCGUUGAAGGUCUCGUCCGAAUCUGGGCACACGAGGCUCUUCGUCUAUUCCAAGAUCGGCUCGUUGCCGAAGAUGAACGUAAAUGGACAGACGAGACUGUACGGCGCAUUGCUUUGGAACAUUUUCCGACUAUUGAUGAGGAACAAGCAUUGAAGGGACCUAUCCUCUUCUCCAACUGGUUGUCGAAGAACUACGUUCCAGUUGAGCAAGAGCAAUUGAGAGAAUUUGUCAAGGCUCGGCUCAAGACGUUCUGCGAGGAGGAGGUGGAUGUUCCAUUGGUUCUUUUCAACGAUGUUCUUGAACAUGCUCUGCGUAUUGAUCGUGUCUUCCGACAGCCACAGGGUCAUUUGAUUCUCAUCGGUGUUAGCGGAAGUGGAAAAACCACGCUUUCCCGGUUCGUUGCUUGGAUGAACGGCCUGAAGAUAUUUCAAAUCAAGGUUCAUGGCAAGUAUUCUUCAGAAGACUUUGACGAGGAUCUCAGGACUGUCCUUCGACGAGCUGGAUGCAAGGGCGAGAAGAUCUGUUUCAUCAUGGACGAAUCAAACGUGCUGGACUCUGGUUUCCUGGAGCGAAUGAACACCCUACUCGCCAAUGCCGAGGUACCUGGUCUGUUUGAAGGUGAUGAGUUUGCAUCUUUGAUGACAGCCUGUAAAGAAGGCGCACAACGCCAGGGGCUCCUCCUCGACUCUCAGGAAGAGCUUUACAAGUGGUUUACACAGCAGAUUGUCAAGAAUCUUCACGUUGUGUUUACGAUGAAUCCUCCCGAGGACGGAUUGUCAUCCAAGGCCGCAACCAGUCCUGCUUUGUUCAAUCGUUGUGUGCUCAACUGGAUGGGUGAUUGGUCUGAUCAGGCUCUUUUCCAGGUUGGUUCGGAACUUACACAGUCUGUUGAUCUCGACAAACCCAAUUUCACUGCUCCCGACAGUAUUCCUGUAGCUUAUCGCGACCUGAACCUUCCGGCUUCUCAUCGUGAGACUGUUAUUAAUUCGAUGGUCUAUAUUCAUUACUCUCUGCAAAAGUUCAACCAGCGUCUACAGAAACAACAGGGUAGAACGACAUACCUCACGCCACGACACUACCUUGACUUUGUCGCUCAAUACGUUAAGCUAUUCAAUGAAAAGCGAGAGGAUCUGGAAGAGCAGCAACGACAUCUGAACGUCGGUCUGGAGAAACUCAGAGAUACUGUCGACAAGGUUCGAGACCUUCGUGUCAGCCUUGCAGAAAAGAAAACACAGUUGGAGGCGAAAGAUGCAGAGGCCAAUGAGAAGUUGCAGCGAAUGGUUGCCGACCAGCGAGAAGCUGAACAGAGAAAGGCGGCAUCGCUCGAAAUCCAGGUUGCUCUGGAGAGACAAGAAAAGGAAGUCGCCGAGCGUAAGGAUGUUGUGUUGAACGAUUUGGCCAGAGCCGAGCCUGCGGUUCUUGAGGCCCAAAAGAGUGUCAGUAGCAUCAAGCGUCAACAUCUUACUGAAGUCCGUUCUAUGGGUAACCCUCCGGCAAGCGUGCGUCUAGCUCUAGAGGCUGUUUGUACCUUGCUUGGUCAUAAAGUCGACAGCUGGAAAACCAUCCAGGGUAUUAUUCGUAAAGAUGAUUUCAUUGCCAGCAUCGUCAACUACGAUAAUGAACGCCAGAUGACGCGCAAUCACAGGGUGAAAAUGAAGAACGAGUUUUUGUCCAAGGAUGACUUCACCUACGAGCGGGUCAACCACGCCAGUAAAGCUUGUGGUCCUCUUGUACAAUGGGUCGAAGCACAAGUGAACUAUUCCGAGAUCCUGGACCGUGUUGGUCCUCUCCGUGAAGAGGUGGACCAACUUGAGGAGCAAGCACUUCAGACCAAGGCAGAAGCCCAGGCUAUCGAGAACACUAUAAAGAGUCUGGAAAGUAGUAUCGCCACAUACAAGACAGAAUAUGCUGCCCUCAUCAGCGAAACACAAGCUAUCAAGACCGAAAUGGGACGUGUGCAAUUCAAAGUCGACCGAAGUGUACGACUUUUGGACAGCUUGGCUUCGGAGCGAGAGCGAUGGGAAGAAGGAAGCAAAUCAUUCGAGACUCAAAUCAGCACGCUUGUCGGUGAUGUGCUUAUUGCUGCCGCUUUCCUUGCGUAUGCUGGUCUGUAUGAUCAACAAUUCCGUAAAGCGAUGGUGGAAGAUUGGGUCAAUCAAUUAGCGCAGUCGGGGAUUACGUUCAAACCUCAUAAUCCUGUCACUGAGUACCUUUCUAACGCGGACGAGCGUUUGGCAUGGCAGAGCAACUCGUUGCCUGUUGAUGAUCUAUGCACUGAGAACGCUAUCAUAUUGAAACGCUUCAACCGUUAUCCUUUGAUCAUCGACCCCUCAGGCCGUAUCACGGAGUUCCUACAGAAAGAGAGUAAAGAAAGGAAGCUUACAGUCACCAGUUUCUUGGACGAUUCAUUUGUCAAACAACUCGAGAGUGCUUUACGUUUUGGAAAUCCAAUUCUUAUCCAGGACGCAGAGCAUCUCGACCCUAUUCUCAACCAUGUUCUCAACAAGGAGUAUCAAAAGACUGGGGGACGUGUUUUGAUCCAAUUAGGCAAGCAGGAGAUUGAUUUCUCGCCUUCGUUCAAGCUAUUCUUGUCUACUCGGGAUCCCUCUGCUACCUUCCCACCUGAUAUCUGUAGUCGUACCACAUUUGUCAACUUCACGGUCACUCAAAGCAGUUUGCAAACACAGUCACUCAACGACGUCUUGAAAGUGGAACGUCCGGACGUGGACGAGCGACGCACAAAUCUCAUCAAGUUGCAAGGAGAGUUCAAGAUCCAUCUACGCCAGCUGGAGAAACGUCUGCUGCAGGCCCUCAACGAGUCGAGAGGUAAUAUUCUGGAUGAUGACAACGUCAUCGAGACAUUAGAAACUCUCAAGAAGGAGGCCGCGGAAAUUACCAAGAAGAUGGCAGAGACAGAAGGUGUCAUGACAGAGGUCGACAACAUCACACUUCAGUACAAUAUCAUUGCUCGAUCGUGCAGUGCUGUGUUUGCCGUCCUGGAGCAGCUCCAUCAUAUCAACCAUUUCUACCAGUUCUCGCUGCAGUAUUUCGUCGAUAUUUUCAAUUCGGUCCUGCAUGGAAACAAGAAACUUAUGAACGAGAAGGAUCAUGCUGCAAGAGUCCAAAUCAUUCUUCGAGACCUGUUCGUUACGGCUUACCAGCGUACCAGUCUGGGAAUGCUACAAAAGGACCGUAUUACGUUGGCUAUCCUUCUCGCUCAGGCUACUCCUUUCACCAUGGAUAGAAGUAUCAUCGACACCAUCCUCGAUGAAAGCGUGGAUGGGGUGGACUUGUCAACCGCUGCAGAUCUCCGCGAACAGACGAUGAGCAAGAUUUCUAAUAUGUCCUUGUUCAAAUCCUACGUUCCUAAUAUCCCCGAAGAAGCUUGGACUGCUUUCUUUACGGAGGAACUGGCAGAAAACUUUGUGCCUACAGUAUGGGAUGAGAAUACGGAGUCAUUGGAUCAGCAGCUACGUUCUCUCUUACUCGUCAAGCUGUGUCGCAUGGAUCGAUUCGUACCCGUUGCUGAACGUUUUGUCGUAGCAGUCUUUGGUCGUGAGUUGUACGAAAACAGCGGCGACCUCAAGGAAGUUGUCGAACAGGUCACGGCGACUACACCAGUGGCACUCAGCUCUAGCCCCGGUUUUGAUGCUAGUUACAAGGUCGACGGAUUGGUGGAGCGAAUGCAUGCAGCUUGCACGAAUAUUGCCAUGGGUUCAAAUGAAGGUCUUGAAAGCGCUGACAAAGCUAUCAGCAACGCUGCCUCUGCGGGUACUUGGGUAUUGGUGAAGAACGUACAUCUCGCUCCAUCCUGGUUACAGAGUCUGGAGAAACGGUUGGACUCUCUCAAGCCGCAUAAGGAUUUCCGCCUUUUCUUGUCGAUGGAGACUAGUCCCAAAAUUCCAGUCAACCUUCUCCGUGCAUCGCGUGUUCUCAUGUUCGAACAGCCGGCAGGUGUACGCGCCAAUAUGAAAGAUUCGCUUUCUUCCCUGUCGCUACGCGCUACAAAGGCUCCUGUGGAGAAAGCACGUGUUUAUUUGUUGCUCUCGUUCUUACACGCUGUGGUGCAAGAGCGUCUACGCUACGCGCCCAGUCUUGGUUGGAAGGGUUUCUGGGAAUUCAAUGAUAGCGAUUAUGAAUGCUCUGCAUUUAUUAUCGACUCCUGGAUAGAUUCAGUGGCGCAAGGACGUUCUAACGUCGCACCUCAAAAACUGCCCUGGGAUAUGAUCCGCACCUUGAUUACGGAGACAUACGGCGGCAAAAUCGACGAUAGCGGCGAUUUCAUGCAAUUGGAGAAGCUAGUCAACAGUUUCCUGACCCCCGCAGCAUUCGAAGAAGACCACAAAUUAGUUUCUGGCGUUGAAAAUGACGAAUGCUUAGCGCUGCCUGGCACAACCAGCAUGCGCGACUUUACCGAAUGGGUUAACCGUCUGCCGGAGCGGGAGCCGCCCACGUACUUGGGCCUGCCAGCUAAUGCAGAGAAGCUGCUUUUGGUUGGACAUGGUAAGGCGAUGAUCUCGGAUCUUUCGCGCGUGACGACGUUGUUGGAUGAGGGUGAGCAGUUGAUGGUUGAAGCAUAACUUUUUGUAUAUUUUUCUUUUUUAUAUGUGUUUUUUUCCUUGUGUAUAUUUUGGUUUAGUGAUACCUACCAAUACUG